UCUUGCGAGUUUAACCUCAAAACAGCGAGCUGUUAUUUACGUCGUACUCACGCCGCUUGUCGGCCAGUAUUUUCUGUUAACUUAUAUAAAAUAAACUCGAUUAUCAAAAUUGUGCAUCUCAAAAUGGAUUUCCUGGAGUAUUCGGACAUCUCCUCCGAAGUUAAAGGAUGCAUGACCACCGGCAAGAUUAAAAUGACGGACUCAUCGAUCGCGUUCAAAAACAGCCGCACCGGUAAAGUUGAUCAAAUCCAAUCCUCAGACAUGGAAAUGGUCAACUUUCAAUACUUUGCCGGCUCAAUCGGCAUCCGAAUCUUUCUAAAAAAUGGCACACUACACCGCUACACCGGCUUCAAAGACACCGACCGCGAGAAAAUCGCCAAAUUCUUCUCUAAUACUUACAAAAAAGACAUGCUGGAGAAGGAGUUGAGUUUGCGCGGCUGGAAUUGGGGUACAGCUAAAUUCAACGGAUCUGUGCUAAGCUUCGACGUCGAUACUAAAUCAGCGUUUGAGAUUCCCCUGAAUAACGUCUCACAAUGCAACACGGGAAAGAAUGAAAUCACCAUGGAGUUCCACCAGAACGAUGAUGCGCCCGUGAGUUUAAUGGAAAUGCGCUUCUUUAUUCCGUCGAGUGAACUCGCUGGCGACGUUGAUCCAGUCGAGGCCUUCCAACAGCAAGUAAUGCAGAAGGCAUCCGUCAUCAGUGUCAGCGGAGACGCAAUCGCCAUCUUCAGAGAGAUUCAAUGCCUCACACCUAGAGGACGAUAUGAUAUUAAAAUCUUCCAUUCGUUCUUUCAACUUCACGGCAAAACAUUCGAUUAUAAAAUUCCUAUGUCCACUGUCCUGCGAUUGUUCAUUUUACCUCAUAAUGAUUCCCGGCAGAUGUUCUUUGUGGUGAGUCUUGAUCCACCUAUAAAACAAGGACAGACUAGAUAUCAUUUUCUGGUACUUCUUUUUGGUCAAGAUGAGGAAGCAACCGUUGAGUUGCCUUUCACUGAUGAGGAAUUAAAAGAAAAAUACGAAGGGAAAUUAGAGAAGGAGAUCUCCGGCCCGACACAUGAAGUUUUAGGAAAAAUUAUGAAAGUUAUUAUUAAUAGGAAGAUUAGUGGACCUGGAGGAUUUAAAGGACAUGGAGGAACACCCGCGGUUUCCUGUUCGUUUAAAGCGGCAGCUGGGUAUUUGUACCCGUUGGAAAGAGGGUUUAUAUACGUGCAUAAACCGCCUAUUCACAUUAGGUUCGAGGAGGUGGCUUCGGUGAAUUUUGCGCGUGGAGGUGGCAGCACGAGGAGUUUUGAUUUCGAGGUAGAGCUGAAAAGUGGAACGGUUCAUACUUUUAGUAGUAUUGAAAAGGAAGAGUAUGGGAAGUUGUUUGAUUUUAUCACGAAUAAGAAGCUGAAUGUUAAGAAUCGUGGUAAAAAUGAUAAAGCCAGCUACAAGGAUGACUUUGGCGAUUCUGAUAACGAAAACGAGCCGGAUGCAUACUUGGAGAGGGUGAAAGCCGAGGCACAAGAGCGUGAUGAUGAUGACGAUCCAGAUGAUGAUGAGUCCACCGACGAUGACUUUAAUCCUGAUGCUGAGAAAGAAAGUGAAGUUGAAGAGGAGUUCGAUAGCAAUCACAGCGAUACAUCCGAAUCUGGUUCUGAUAGCGGAGGUGGUGGCGGUAGCAAGAAAAAAGACAAGAAACACAAAAAGGAAAAGAAAGAGAAGAAAAAGACUAAGACCGUCAGUGAAAAACCACGUAAGAAGCGCGAAAAGAAGGAGAAAGAUUCCAACAAACCAAAGCGUCCCUCCACCGCGUUUAUGCUUUGGUUGAACGAUACACGCGAAAAGAUCAAGGCGGAUAAUCCCGGUAUUAAGGUGACUGAGAUUGCGAAGAAGGGUGGUGAGAUGUGGAAGGAAUUGAAGAGUAAGUCCGAAUGGGAGGCGAAGGCCGCCAAGGCAAAGGAAGAAUAUGCGAAGGCGAUGAAAGAGUAUGAAGCCUCUGGUGGGGCUAAAAAGGGUGGCGAUAAGGAGGAUAAGAAGUCAUCGAGUUCCUCAGCUAAGAAGAAGACGGUGAAUGUUUCUCCACCAAAGUCUGGAUUUAAGAGCAAGGAAUAUAUCGAGAGUGAUGAAAGCAGCAGCGGUAGUGAUGACGAUAAGAAGAAAAAGGCUGCGCCUAAGAAGAAGGCAAGUGAGCCGGCUUCUAAGGGCAGAAAGAGAUCUAAGAGUGAAUCUGAAGAUGAUGAUGACGAAGAGGAAGAGAUGAGUACCGAUUCCGAAAGUGGCAGUGAUUAGUUCUAUUAUUUAAGCGUAUUGCAUUACUGUUAACAUUUGUACGUUAAUAAUAAGUUUGAUUUUUCGUA